ACGUUGUUGGUUUGUUCACAUUUACAGGGAGAUCCUCGAUGGCCAUUUAGAAGUUUUUAUAUUAUUUGAACCAAAAGCUGAAUCUAACAGAUGAAACCUUGUUAAUAAACUGGAGCUGGUUGAGGUCAGUGGUCGAUGGAUGAUUUCCAGAUGUGUUUAAUGACAGAAACUUCACUCAGCAGGACUCUCUGAUUCGUGAGAUGGAAGGUCUGUUCCUUCACUUCCUGCUCAGAACCAUCUCCAGUUUGGUUUUCUGUCUCCUCCUGACUCACUGUUCUAGAGGUCAGUCUGAGUCAGUGGAUUCACUUCAACCAAUUGUAGCAAGAGUUGGUGAUGACGUUGUUCUACCGUGUCAAAUCAAACCUUCGUUGGACGUUUCUGCAGCAACAUUGGAGUGGAAGAGGUCAAACCUCUUUGUCCUGGUGUGGCGUACUGGUGCAGACUUUAAAAGACAAAAAGAUCCAUCCUACAGAAGAAGAACAUCUCUGUUCCCUGAUGAACUGAAACAUGGAAACGUUUCACUGAAACUCUCUGACGUGAAGCUGUCUGAUAAAGGAACAUACAGAUGUUACGUUGUAGAGAAGAAUAGAGAGAUGUUUGUUGAGCUUGUUGUUGCUCCUGGUUGUCCACCCGUCAUCAGUUUAUCAAGGAUGGACAGAGACAGAGGAGGUGUGGUGUUACAGUGUGAAUCCAGAGGCUGGUAUCCAGAGCCUGAGGUGUUGUGGCUGGACGCUGAGGGAAACCUGCUCUCUGCUGGACCUCCAGAGACAGUCAGAGGUCCUGAUGACCUCUAUACUGUCAGCAGCAGAGUGACUGUGGACAAGAGACACAGCAACAGCUUCACCUGUAGAGUCCAACAGAACAACACCCACCAGACCAGAGAGGCUCACAUACAUGUUCCAGAUGAUUUCUUCUUGUCCUCGUCCAGUUCUGCUGUUCCUAUCAACACUGGUUUGGCUGUUAGCUUAGCUGUUAGCAUCAUGGUUAUUUUAGCAGGUGUUUUCUUUGUGUGGAGACAAAAUAGAACCAAAACCAAGAAAAGAUCCAGAGAUGGAGCUGAAAGAGAAGAAAAGCUC